GAAGUACAUAUAGAGAAAGAAAAAGAAAGAGAGAGAGGAUACAAAUUAAUGAGCUUUUCUGGGAAUUAGUGUAUUAAAAUUAGAGUUAAUAUAAAGAGUUUUUUUGUUAUCAUUAAUUUGGUAUAGUAGUGUUGAGUUGAUUUAAGAUGGAGGAGAUGAUGAGGAAUGAGAUGGAUAAUGAAGUGAUGCUUCCAGGGUUUAGAUUUCAUCCAACUGAUGAAGAACUGGUUGGUUUUUAUCUCAAGAGAAAGAUUCAACAAAAGCCUCUCUCCAUUGAGCUUAUCAGACAACUGGACAUAUACAAAUAUGAUCCAUGGGACCUUCCUAAGUUUGCAUCAACUGGAGAAAAAGAGUGGUAUUUUUACUGCCCAAGAGAUCGAAAAUACCGAAACAGUGCAAGGCCUAACAGGGUCACUGGAGCUGGGUUUUGGAAGGCAACUGGAACAGAUAGACCUAUAUAUUCAUCAGAGGGAUCAACUAAAUGCAUAGGACUGAAGAAAUCACUGGUUUUUUAUAGAGGAAGAGCUGCUAAAGGGAUUAAAACUGACUGGAUGAUGCAUGAGUUCAGGCUUCCUUCACUCAUUGACACUAAAAAACCUCUAGACAAGAACAUCCAUCCCAAUGAUUCAUGGGCUAUUUGUAGGAUAUUUAAGAAGACUAGUUCAAUGGCACAAAGAGCACUGCAAUCUCAUGCAUGGGCAUCACCAUCUUCAUCAUCAGCAUCACCAUCACAAGAAAACAUAGAGUCUCAUGACAUGUUCUCAACUCCUCAGCAAAACACUACUCAGUUCAUGCUGCAGAAGUGUGCAACUGCUGAUGAUCAUUAUAAUUACCCUCCUUUGGAUGUGUCAACCUACAGAGCCAUCAAUCUCAUGAACGUCAGUUGCAAGCCAUCCUUGAUUCCUGUUAAUUAUUCUCCAGUUGUUGAUCAUGAAGCAGCUGUAAACCAACCCACAAACUUCAUCUUCUCUUCAGUACCAUCACAAGCACAAACAUUCCCAUUAAAACAAGAUAAUGCUGUUGAUGUUAUUGCUUCCAUGCUGGAAGAUGAAGAAGGUAAGUCCUUUGCAUGCAUAGAUUUUGCACAUCCAGAACAGACUAAUGGUUUCAUGCUUGAUUUGCCGCCGUUGGAGAUGAAUGGUAGUCAGUUUUCAAACAUCUACAAUGGCAAUAACAACCAUGGUCCCAGUUUUCCGUUUAGUUUGACGGCCAACUUGUCAGAUGAUCACUGGAUUCCUUGCUCUCCAGACAAACAAUACAGUUAAUUGAUGCCUAUAUAUUACUACAUUAUAAUUAAGAACAUUGAGUAAAUUACUACUAGUUAAUAUAAAGUUAUUUAAUCUAUAUAUUUAUGCAUCUGUUAGCAGUACUGUUACUGACUAUUGUGUAAGUCCAUGUAUUGAGUUUGUUAACAGUAAAGCUAACAG